GCGCAUGCUUGGAGACUUUGUUUUCUCUCACGCCCAGGACACCACGGGAUGACUGGAUGGUUGUGCAUACUUGUAAUGUCCCACUUUACCCACCCGUGCUGGUACACAUGUAAGCACAUGCCCGUUCCUGCUGUCCAGCUUGAGGCAAAUGCUCCUUAGCGCCUCUGGAAAAGGUUCCUGGUGGACCAAGCCCAGGAGAGCGGUUGGAAGCCUCGCUCCCCUCUCUCAGUUGGGGCUGGGGCUGAGGGGCUCCCGGCAGCCCCACUGGGGAGCCCCACUUCCCUGCCUGGCUUGCUUCUUCGCCUGGUGGAUCACGUGGGCAGGAGGAGGAGGCCAGCCCUCGCAGUCCCUCUGCAGCAGAAGUCCAAAGAGGUCAGCCGGUGCCCAGGCCGAGGGCGCCCACAUUUCAGGAUUCACUUGAGAAAACGGCAUGAUUCAGUCCUCUAAAAAUCACCUUGCAGCUUAAUUAAAUGUAGGCACGCCAAGCCUUAUACUCAGUAAUUUCAUGACACCUGUCCUUCCCUCCUUGUUUAAUAAGUAAUUAAAACAGGCCUUUGCACUACAUAAACAUUUGUCAAGCCUGCUGGAAAUGAGAAGCUGAGCUGGGAGCAGGAGCCAUAACAUCCUAAAGGGAGGAAACAGGGCAGCCGCCAUGGAGAAGCUUUACCCUCAGAGCGUGUUGGUGACCGGGUCCGACCGAGGGAUCGGGCUGGGCCUGGUCCAUCGCUUCCUGGAGAAGCCAAACCCACCCAAGUGGGUGUUUGCCACAAGCCUGGAUCUGGCCAGCUGUGAAGGAAAGAAAUUACAGAGCCUUGCAUUGGAGCAUCCGAACCUGGUCGCACUCCAGAUGGAUAUCAGAGACCUGAAGAGCAUCGAGGCCGCCGUGAAGACAGUGGAGGGACACGUGAAAGGGAGCGGACUCAACCUGCUCAUCAACAAUGCUGGCAUUCUGAUCAAAUUCACUACCUUGUCCAAUGAAACCGCCGAGAACAUGUUCUCCCUUUACCGCACCAACACCAUCGGGACCUUGCAAGUCAGCCAGGCGUUUGCCCCCUUGCUGAAGGAGGCUGCCCGGGAGAGCACCCAGGAGGGGCUGAGCUGCAGCAAGGCUGCCAUCAUCAACAUCUCCAGUGACUUUGCCUCUCUGGAGAAGAUGUCCGGGUGGAGCCUCAACCAAGUCAUCUCCUACCGCUGCAGCAAGACUGCUGUGAACAUGCUGACCCGCUGCCAGUCCUUGGAAUACAAGCCAUUUGGGAUCUUCUGCAUGUCCAUCCAUCCUGGCUGGGUGAAAACAGUCAUGGGGACUUUACUGGUCCCAACCAGCGUCAAGGACAGCACCACAGGGAUUCUGGAAGUGCUUUCCAGAGUCUCCGAGAAGGACACCGGGUCCUUCCUGGACUGGGAAGGAAAAGUGGUUCCUUGGUGAAGCCAGGGAGUCUGGAAAGGAGGGUCGGUCCACAGCACGGUGUAAGAGGUCUCCUGUGAAGGACCGGCGCUGGAGAUGCCUUCUCAGCCCAUACGUCCAGCGUGUCUGAGCUGUGGUUCAAGCUUUGUGUUCCUGUUCUCAAUAAAGUCAAUGCCGUGCCAGGAAUGAGCACAUUUCUGCCGAUGGCUAGAGAAGCAACCGUGUUCGUCUGUGUUAUUUUGCAGCUCAAGCCAACCCAGAGUCUCCUGGCACCUCAAACCCUAACCAAUGGCAGUCGGCAUCAGCUCUCCUCUCCAGGUGCCGUUUGCCGAGUACACCAUCCGCCACUUGGCUCUGAAGAGGUGGGUUGCUCCAGCUCACUAAAGCUGGUGCCUCCUCAAGCAUCCUCUACUUCCAAGGCUCCGUGAGACUCUUGUUUGGCUUUGGCUGCUGCAAUAUUUUUAGGUAAAGGUGGCUGCCCCCCAGGAACCCUGGAGUCAGGGGUCGGUCACACCAGUCCUCAAAACGGUGUGUGUCUGAAGUGGGAGGAGAGGGAGAAGGGCAGACGGGGCAGAGUUUGAGAACCCUAGAAUAAGAGAACUGGGGAGUCAGAAGGGAGCCAGAGGGCGAGCUGGUCCACCCACCUUCCCACCCCAGCGGUCCUGGUGCACGGCUGAGUUCGAGCUGAAGACGCAGUCGUCACAAGCAGAACAAAAGUCAAAGGCCGGCCGCCGGGCAUUCAGGUGUACGUGGCCCACCGUAGCUCAGAGCUCAGCUCUAAGCAUGAGCAGCGGAGCUCUGCUCUAUUCCUGCCCCCAGCAGGGCGACCAGGUUCGGCCACCGCUCUCUUUGGCAGUCCUGCCCUGCGCUGGAGGGAUUUUUCUCUGGAAGGAAAGCAGCUGCCAGUUACAAUGCGCUCCCCAAGGAUCUUCCCUUUGUGACUCAAAGUUUCUCUUGGGGUUAAAAGAAUGGUGGGGUAUGG